AUGCGCUGGUCCUCCGGCCUGGAGAACCACGCAGACCUCACGGCCUACUGGAAGUUCAACGACCCCGACACUGACGGCGGCCAGUUCAGGCAGCACCUGAUUGCCAAGGACUCAUCCGGCAAGGGCAACGACCUGCAGCUGGCGGUGCCGCCGCAGCGCAUGGACGUGGAGAUCAAGCGCGAUGCAAACGCGCUGCACACGGGCCGUCUUGAGUUCAAGAACAACCUGGCUCUGGCCAAGACCACCAAGGGGAUGCCCGAGAAGAGCUUCACAGUGGAGUUCUGGGCCAGGGGCCAGGCCCUCGAUAAGAAGGGCAACGCGCAGGACAAGUUUGCGCAGCUCUUCUCGUACGCGGCGCAGCGCACCGACAACACAAAGCCUGGCGCCGACUUUGUGGACGACGCGAUACGCAUUGAGAGGUAUCUUGAGGAAUUCAGCGAGAAGCUGCUGGGUGACCAGAAGACGGCCGGCGCCAUCAGCGUGCACAUCAACAGCAACGAGAACACGGACUCCCAGCGCGCCCAGAACUGGAUCGACUUUGACGCGGGGUGGACCGAUGAUGCGUGGCACCACGUGGCGGUAACCUGGGACUGGGAGGACGGGACGACAAAGGCCUACGUGGAUGGCGUGCAGAAGACGGCGUUCUGGAAGAGCAAGUGA